UUUCGUACUACGACACAACACAACCGUUUACGGCAAGCAUGUGUCUGUGGAAAGCUUGUUGUUAGCCGUAUAGCUAACUGCUGAAGUGUACUCGCUUACUCAUUUCCUAAACUUGAGCAACACAUUCUUACUUUAAGGUUUUUAACCCGGAGACAUGGACGUUGGAGAGCUCCUGAACUAUCAGCCUGAUAGAGGAGCAAAGCGUCCCAGGGACGGAGAUGGAGGAGCAACGGGAGGAGAUGAGGAAUCCAGAGGAGGGAAGCAGCCGAAAGGGCUGAGUGCCAGGGAAUUGGCCCGAUACCGGGAAGCAGGAGUAGGAAUCGAAGGAGGGGGUGAAAUGAGGGAGAUUGAGGAGCUGACCGGGGACAAGAAGAAGAUCCUGGAGAAACUGAUGGACCAGGAUGAAGACGAACCUGAGGCAGAGCCGGUGGAUGAGAGUUCAGUGAAGAAAAUGAUCCUGACCUUUGAGAAAAGGUCGUACAAAAACCAGGAACUGAGGAUUAAGUUUCCGGACAACCCAGAGAAGUUCAUGGAGUCGGAGCUGGACCUGAACGACAUCAUCCAGGAAAUGCACGUGAUCGCCACCAUGCCUGACCUGUACCACCUGCUGGUGGAGCUCAAUGCUGUCCACUCACUGCUGAGCCUCCUCAGUCAUGAAAACACUGAUGUUGCCAUUGCAGUGGUGGACCUGGUGCAGGAGCUGACAGAUAUUGACACACUCCAGGAGAGCGAGGAAGGGGCUGAGAUACUCAUAGAUUCUCUGUUGGAGGGUCAGGUGGUGGCCCUGCUGGUGCAGAAUGUGGAGCGGCUGGAUGAACAAGUGAAGGAGGAGGCAGAUGGCAUCUAUAACACACUGGCUAUCGUAGAAAAUAUGGCCGAGUUCAGACCAGGCCUGUGCACAGAGGCAGCUCAGCAGGGACUCAUGCAGUGGCUGCUCAAGAGAAUCAAGGCGAAGAUGCCGUUUGAUGCUAACAAGCUGUACUGCAGUGAAAUCCUGGCUAUCUUGCUGCAGAACAAUGACAAUACCAGAGAACUUUUGGGAGAGAUGGAUGGCAUUGAUGUGUUACUGCAGCAACUAUCUGUGUUCAAACGUCACAACCCGUCCACGGCCGAGGAACAGGAGAUGAUGGAGAACCUCUUUGAUGCUCUGUGUUCCUGCCUCAUGCUGCCAGCCAAUCGGGACCGCUUCCUCAAAGGGGAGGGCCUUCAGCUCAUGAAUCUCAUGCUUAGAGAAAAGAAAAUGUCUCGCACCAGUUCUAUGAAGGUCCUGGACCACGGGAUGAUUGGACCAGAGGGAGCAGAUAACUGUCAUAAGUUUGUGGACAUACUGGGCUUGCGAACCAUCUUUCCUCUUUUCAUGAAAACCCCCAAGAAGAUGAAGAAGACUGGUGCUUCAGAGAAGGAGCAUGAAGAACACGUCUGCUCCAUCAUCGCCUCCAUGCUGAGAAAUCUCAAGUCCCAACAGAGAAGCAGACUCCUCAACAAGUUCACAGAGAACGACUGUGAGAAGGUUGAUCGACUGAUGGAGAUGCAUUUUAAGUACCUGGAGGCAGUUCAACAGGCUGACAAGAGGAUCGAAGGAGAGAAACACGAGAUGGUACGUCGGGGGGAGAUCCUAGAUGACGGCGUGGAGGAUGACUUCUACCUUCGCCGCCUGGACGCCGGACUAUUCGUCCUUCAGUUGAUCUGCUAUAUUAUGGUGGAGAUCAGCAACUCAGGGAUAUCACAGCUGCAGCAGAGGGUUCAUCAAAUUCUCAACCUAAGAGGAGGCUCUGUCAAAGUGGUGCGACACAUCAUGAGAGAGUACGCUGAGAGCAUCGGAGAUGGGAAGAGUGACGAGUUCAAAGAGGCCGAGCGGAAGAGGAUCAUGGACCUUGUAGACAACUUCUAAUCAAACACACACACACGCACGCAAGCACACACACUGCUGGUCUGAUCUGAGACUGUAACAUAGUAAACUAACUAAAGUCACUGGGUAUGUUUACAUGCACAACAUUACUAGUCUGCUAAGAGAUUUAUUUUCACGGUUCAAAGAAAUUUAGUUUUUCAAACAACCUGGUUUACAUCGCCUGCAUCUUUAGCAUCCAACAUGGGGAAAAGGAACCUCAAGUGAUCUGAAUUUAUAAUGAAUCAGUUUUUAUAAUGAACUAAAUCUAAUUAAUCUCAUAAACACAAUCUCUAUCUGCCAGAGAACUGGUUAAGAUAAAAUAAUUGCUGUGCAUGUAAAACUGCUCAGUGUAGAGACUGUGGGAGUUUGGAGAGCAGAAGACUGAAACCCACAGCGAACAUGAGAUGCACUUGGAGCUGCAGUGCUGUUUAUUUUCUGUCCUGUGGUGUCAAACACCGCGGAAUAAUUACGGACCGUUUGCACAGAUCUCCAAACUUAAUAUCUAUCCCUCAGCUCUCCCACUUUACCUCGUUUGUUUCUUUCGGAUUUACGUGUAAAAUAUUUUCUAAUAAAACAUUUGGUAAUAAAAUCCUGA